CAACUCCCCAUCCAUCUCCUACAAUGGCCUCCAACACCACACAGCGUGUUCCCCUUAGAGAGAGGAGGCCAUCCGUUGGCGCUCCUCUCGUCGAUAUUCAAGGAGGUGUUGCUCCCGCCGGCGUCUCCCGUCCUAAACACAAGAGAACCCUCACCGGCUUCGGUCCUGGAGAGAUCAAGAAUGUUGAAGCCUCCAUCCCCGAGCCCCAGCGCAAGGCUUGGCUCGCCCACCAGACCAGCGGCUUCAAGGACAAGGACGGCUUCGAAACCGAGGUUGUCCGCCAUGUCGAGACCACCCUUGCCCGUAGCAUGUACAACUGCGACGAACAGGCUGCCUACUCUGCCUGCAGUCUGGCCUUCCGUGACCGUCUUAUUCUCGAGUGGAACCGCACCCAGCAGCGCCAGACCUUCGCCGACAGCAAGCGUGUCUACUAUCUCUCCCUAGAGUUCCUCAUGGGCCGUGCCCUCGACAACGCCAUGCUCAACAUUGGUCAGAAGGACGUGGCCAAGGCUGGUCUGGCCGAACUUGGCUUCAGAAUCGAGGAUGUCAUCGAACAGGAGCACGAUGCUGCUCUCGGAAACGGUGGCCUUGGUCGUCUCGCUGCCUGCUUCCUCGACAGUCUGGCUUCCCUCAACUACUCGGCCUGGGGUUACGGCCUCAGGUACCGCUACGGUAUCUUCAAGCAGGAGAUUAUCGACGGCUACCAGGUCGAGGUGCCAGACUACUGGCUCGACUUCAACCCUUGGGAGUUUCCGCGUCACGAUGUCACCGUUGAUAUUCAGUUCUACGGCCAUGUCACCAAGCGCACUGAUGACAACGGCAAGACCAUCGCUACCUGGGAGGGCGGCGAGAUCGUCAAGGCCGUUGCUUAUGAUGUCCCCAUUCCCGGUUAUGCCACUCCUUCGACCAACAACCUGAGACUGUGGUCCAGCAAGGCUGCCAGCGGAGAGUUCGACUUCCAAAAGUUCAAUAGCGGCGACUACGAGAACUCGGUCGCUGACCAGCAGCGUGCCGAGACCAUCAGCGCUGUGCUCUACCCCAACGACAACCUCGAUCGCGGAAAGGAGCUUCGUCUAAAGCAGCAAUACUUCUGGGUUGCCGCUUCCCUCUACGACAUUGUCCGCCGUUUCAAAAAGUCGAGGCGCGCAUGGAAGGAGUUCCCCGACCAGGUGGCCAUUCAGCUGAACGACACCCACCCGACUCUGGCUGUUGUCGAACUCCAGCGUAUCCUUGUUGAUCUUGAGGGCCUUGACUGGGAGGAAGCCUGGAACAUCGUCACUAACACUUUCGGUUACACCAACCACACCGUCCUGCCCGAGGCUCUCGAGAAGUGGUCCGUCCCCUUGUUCCAGCAUCUCCUGCCCCGCCACCUCCAGCUUAUCUACGACAUCAACCUCUUCUUCCUCCAGAGCGUCGAGCGCAAGUUCCCCAAAGAUCGCGAGAUGCUUGCCCGCGUCUCCAUCAUCGAGGAGUCUCAGCCCAAGAUGGUCCGCAUGGCUCACUUGGCUAUUGUUGGUUCUCACAAGGUCAACGGUGUUGCUGAGCUGCACUCUGAUCUCAUCAAGACCACCAUCUUUAAGGACUUCGUCGAGGUCUUUGGCCCUGACAAGUUCACCAACGUCACCAACGGUAUCACUCCCCGCAGAUGGCUCCACCAGGCCAAUCCUCGCCUCUCCGAGCUCAUCUCCAGCAAGACGGGUAGCCAGAACUUCCUCAAGGAUCUGACGGAGCUGGCCAAGAUCGAGCACUACAAGGAUGACAAGGCGUUCCGCAAGGAGUGGGCUGAGAUCAAGUACGCCAACAAGGUCCGCCUGGCCAAGCACAUCAAGAAGACUACCGGUGUCGAUGUCAACCCCUCUGCCCUGUUUGACGUCCAGGUCAAGCGUAUCCACGAGUACAAGCGCCAACAGAUGAACAUCUUUGGCGUCAUCCACCGCUAUCUUACCCUCAAGUCUCUCUCGCCUGAGGAGAGGAAGAAAUUCCAACCUAGAGUUUCCAUCUUUGGUGGCAAGGCUGCCCCCGGCUACUGGAUGGCCAAGCAGAUUAUUCACUUGAUCAACGCUGUUGGAGCCGUUGUCAACAACGACAAGGAUAUUGGUGAUCUGCUCAAGGUCAUCUUCCUCGAGGAUUACAACGUUAGCAAGGCCGAAAUGAUCAUUCCCGCUUCGGAUCUCAGCGAGCAUAUCUCGACUGCCGGUACCGAGGCCUCUGGUACCAGUAACAUGAAGUUCGUCCUUAACGGUGGUCUCAUCAUCGGAACAUGCGAUGGUGCCAACAUCGAAAUCACCCGCGAAAUCGGCGAGCAAAACAUCUUCCUCUUUGGUAACCUCGCUGAAGACGUCGAGGACAUCCGCCACAACCAUACUUACGGCUCGUACACGGUCGACCCCGACCUCGUCAAGGUGUUUGAGGCCAUCGAGAAGGGCACCUUCGGCGAGCCCAACGACUUUAUGGGCAUGAUCUCUGCCGUCCGCGACCACGGCGAUUUCUAUCUCGUUUCAGAUGACUUCCACAGCUAUAUUGAGACGCAGGAGCUCGUCGACAAGGCCUACCGCGACCAGGAGGGCUGGAUCACCAAGAGCAUUGAGAGCGUAGCGAGGAUGGGCUUCUUCAGCUCGGAUCGCUGCAUCAAUGAGUAUGCAGAGGGCAUCUGGAAUAUCGAGCCUUUGGCUGUCAAGGACCAAUAAGGGGCGGAAACACCAACUGGGGAAUGGGAGAAGGAAGAUGAAACGGGGGUAGCUGGAUACCUACAGUAUUCUUGAUUAAUCGUUUGUUGGUUGGAAAGGGGAAUGAGGGGACAUGGGGUUGAUGACUUAGCUUCUUGAUUACGCCGUUACGAUUCACAUGAUCCUAUGAGUGAUGGCUUUCUUUUGAAAUAAGAAAUUCUUGACCUUUUCUUUUUUUUAC